AUCAAAUGGAAAACCAAAUAUUAACGACUAUGUCUGCACUAUGUGUGAAAGUAUAAGCAGUAGCAUUGAAACAGAGAUUAUUUUAUAUGUGUUUAUAACGAACACUUGCCUGUUUAAAUACCAACAGCACCUAACAGUGCUUUUACACCUAAAAUAAAACUUAUAUUAAAAAAAAAGGUGAUAAUUAUUACGAAGCAGCCACAUGGAUUAUCUCUUCGGGGAUUGAUGUGCUCCGAGCUCGUGAUUUGUUAUUUUUUCGGGGCUAUAUCCUAAAUAGCACCCUUCUCCCUAUAUAGUGUGCUGAAAUGAUAGCCGGAACACCCUUCCUAGGGCACCAUAAUAUGAAUCAGGGAGCUGUUUCGGCUUAUCCCAGAUGCUGAGUCCGGAAUGGCACACUACCGUACUAAAUAGGGUGUCAGAAAUGCUGCGUGCCUCUGUAUCAUAGCUACUAUCUGUAGAUACUACGUAGUACGAGAGUAUGUAGUAGGAGAGACCUUAGAGAGAGCACCGUUUCUGGCGUUGGAGAAAUACAUCACGUAAGACAGCAAUGACAGUUUAACUAUUAGAACUUUUUACACUAGUCACAGUCUGUGUUGGUUGAUAGCAUGAAUGAUGGAGGUCUCCACAAGGAGGAUGCGAAAUCUGGCGCCAGCAAGGCCACUGCGCAGACUAAAUAGUAAUCAAGUGGUGCAGGCAGAUGUAGUGGCUGAGCCUGUGGAGAAGCCAACAGAAAGACCACUAAACAUGAUAAGAGUGGAGCAUUUUUAUGAAAUUCUCAAGCUGCACAGCCAAAGUCAAGCACCUGCCAAACCAGAGAGAAUAUCAUACAGCAGAGACUUCUUGAUCAAGUUGGCAAAUUCACCAAUGGCAAAGAAAAAACCUGACUUUCUACCAGAUCACCCAAUAGUUCUGAACAAGGGGAGGGAACCAGACACAUACAAGUUGUUUGGCAACAACUGUGCUAAAGGGGACAUGUUGCCUGAAUAAUGAUUCAUCUCGAUGUUGGAGUUUCAACAGAUUGUUCCAUCUUUAACAUGUAAUAAUGAAAAGCUAAGAAGCAAUGAGAAUUUCUACUCGGAAAAAAACUUUACAGUAAUGUAUGUCAUUAUCUUUGUGGAAAUGGUUCAACCUCAGAGCCUUGACAAGGCUUUUGGAUAAGUUUCCAUUUGGACCUUUGACAUUACUUAAUUUUGGCAUUUAGACCAUAUCCAGCAGUUUCCAAUUUCAGUGUAAAGUGUGUGGUCUGUAAUACUUACUUACUAACGAACACUACAAUGACCUUUUGUGACUUUUUUUUUUUUUUCAUUCGAAGUGGAAUACUAACAGAGGUUUGAAUUUUGGAAUGUAGUAUAGAGUUGUGCUGCACUUUGUCCCUGAGGAGACUGUGUGCCUGGGGUCUACAGUAUGCAAAGUUUACAUGAUUCCACUAUUCCAGAUUAGACUAAACUUCCUGCACAUAUUUAUUUGCCAAAACAGACCUUGCUGCUUGUAUGUCAGUGUGCCUAACUGUAAAUAAGGGGAAUAAAGGGGUUUGAGUUCUGUGCAAGCAUUCUGAGCUGUGUCAUUUUGAACAUGGUACCUUUCAGUUACCAAAGUCAAUGCAUGCACUCAUUUUAUUUUUUGUUUGAAAUGUAUCUAAAAGGAAUAUUUGUACAUAUUGUAUUUUGUAACUGUUUUUGUGUGUUUUGGUGAAACUUAGUAUAAACCAACUGUGUUAUAGUCUUGAAAAACAAAUACAAGUCUUAUGCAAGAAAGUUUUUAGUUGUGAAAUUAUUCCACUUUGACCUGUUAGGGAGAAAAAUAUAGAUGACAUUUUGGUUUUCAUCUCAUGAUUGUACUGUGUGUGGGUAAAUGAAGGCGUAUUCCGUGCAAGAACCUUAUUCUAGAUAAUGAAACUCAGCACUUUCCAUAUUGAAUUCGUUAGUGAGGUGUGCAACUGUGGUCAGAUUGAAAGUCUGCACCUACAACGAUGUUUUGUAAAUGACAUCAUUGGUAAGCAAUUGGCUAUCAUAGUUAUAACCUGUGUUGCUUCUUUUUUGGUCUAGCUAAUGUGAAUGUUAUAAAGGUGCACAGUUUCCUUCCUAAACCCUUCUAACCAAAAAAUCUAGGAAAUUCUUUAUUUGGUUCAUACAGUAUAUGGCCAAAAGUUUGUGGACACCUGACCAUCACUCCCAUAUGUGGUUCUUCCCCAGACUGUCGUCACAAAAUUGUAAGCACACAAUUGUCUAGAAAGUCUUUGUAUGCUGUAGUAUUAAUAUUUCCCUUCGCUGGAAUUAAGUGGCUCAAACUCGUUUCAGCAUGACAAUGCCCCUGUGCACAAAGUGAGGUCCAUUAAAACAUGGUUUGCCAAGGUUGGAGUGGAAGAACUCAAGUUUCUUCUCUUGUGGCUGAAUGAGCACAAAUCCACACAGCCACACUCCAAAGUCUAGUGGAAAGCCUUCCCAGAAGAGUGAAGGUUAUUAUAACAGCAUAAGGGCACUAAAUCUGGAAUGGGAUGUUCAAAAAGCACAUAUAAGUGUGAUGGUUAGCCCUGCUGAAAACAACAAUAGAAACCCUCAUAGAAUUUGUAAUGGUUUUAAUGGUUAUAAUGGGAGUUGUAUUGGUUUUAAUGGAAACUGGAAUGGUCCCUGUGGGUCUCUACUGGUCAUUUGUUGCCUUCUAUUGGUGGCAUGUUAUGUCUAAUGGAUACCAUUAGAGACCAGUAAUGGUUUUAAUGGUUAGCUGAUGGUUUGUAAUGGUAUUUGUAGUGGAAAGCAUUAGAAUUUCUGUGAUGGUUUCUACAGAUUUUUUUCAGCAGGGAUAUGUGUUGUCUACAAAUCUUUGGCCAUAUGGUGUAUAUCUGGAUAAUAUUUAAAUUUUAGUUGCUGAUUACAGUGUGAGAGAUUUGAAUUUUUUUCUUCAGCAUCUGUUGUAGCAUUUAGUUCAUGUUUCAUUACAAAAACAAAAAACUACUGUUGCAGCAUAACAGAUUUUCUGCUAAUGUUAGCUUUGUCAUAGCCACCACGUUUCUGUAAAUUGGUUGUAAAUAGUAAAAUGAGUAACUAAUGUCUCAAAAAUGUAAUUUUAAAUAACUCUAUUUUACUUUUAUUGUUUGGGUUUUAUGAAGUUUUGUGAAUUUAUUAGUAUUUGUGAUAAGUUGUUAAUGUUAGCAUAAGAGACAAGGCUAG